AUGGCAUUCUCUACCUACCUUAUUCUCGCGCUCACAACUUUCGCGAGUACAUUCGCAACCCUUCACCCUCGUCAAUCCUCCACUAUAACCGUCGACUUGGCAAAAACAUACCAAACCAUAGACGGCUUCGGCAUAUCAGAAACCUUCCAACGUGCAAACCAAAUACACGCCCUCUCACCCUCACUUCAACGCUAUGCCCUCGAUCUGCUCUUCAAUCGCACAUCUGGCGCCGGCUUCUCCAUCCUACGAAAUGGUGUUGGUUCCUCUCCAGACUCUAGCAGUGAUCACAUGGUUUCCAUUCAACCCAAGAAUCCUGGUGGCCCAAACGCCACACCGAAAUAUGUAUGGGAUAAUAAUGAUAAUAGCCAGGUUUGGGUCAGUACCGAGGCAGUGAAGACGUAUGGUGUGGAUACUGUGUAUGCCAACGCAUGGUCUGCUCCAGGAUACAUGAAAACAAAUAACAAUGAUGCGAAUGGAGGGUCGCUGUGUGGAGUAUCUGGCGCUAGUUGUUCUAGUGGAGAUUGGAAACAAGCGUAUGCCAACUAUCUGAUCCAGUAUAUCACUUAUUACAAGGAUAUCGGGGUGGAUAUUACGCAUCUGGGUUUCUUGAACGAACCUGGUCUUACGACAAGUUAUGCUAGUAUGAGGAGUAAUGGACAGCAGGCUGCGGACUUCAUCAAAGUGCUCAGGCCGGCGCUCGAUAGGGCGAACUUUACGAGUGUCAAGGUUACUUGUUGCGAUGCGGAGGGGUGGAGUAGUCAGCAGGGUAUGAUGGGUGCUCUGAGCAGCGUGAGUAGUAUGUUGGGUACGAUCACUGCGCAUUCCUACACAUCCCAACCCAACAGCCCAAUAAACACCCCACACCACGUCUGGCAGACAGAAAAUGCGGACCUCCAAGGCCCGUGGGCGACGGCAUUCUACAACAACAACGGCGCAGGCGAAGGACUCACUUGGGCGAAUAAAAUCCACACUGCUCUCACAAACGCCAAUGCCUCGGCGUACUUAUACUGGAUUGGCGUCCAAGGUGGAGCGACAAACAGCAAGCUCAUCCGCAUCUCCGAUGAUAAGAAGUGCAGUGAGAAUAGGUGCGAGUGGAGGGCCCAGUGGGAGUCGAAUCAGUGCGUUUAG